AUGACUGAUGCAAAACCAGUAAGUACUCCUAUUGAUAAAAGUACGAAGAUGGUCAAGGCCAUGUCACCAAGCAGCAAAAGGAAGAUAGAGGAAAUUCAAGAAAUUCCAUAUCGAAAUCCCAUUGGUAGUUUGAUGUAUGCAAGCAUUGGGACACGACCUGACAUCACACAUGCAGUGAGUCGGGCAAGCCAAUUUGCAAAUAAUCCUGGGAGACAACACCGGAUUGAUGUAAAGCGAAUACUAAGGUACCUUAAAGGUGCAAGUUCACUAAAGCUGAUAUUUACAAGAUCAUCAGAUACCAGCUUAAAAUUAUUCUGUGAUGCCGACUGGGGAUCAGAUGAGGAUGAUAGACAUUCUUACACUGGAUACCUGUUUGCACUAGCAGGUACAGCCGUAAACUGGGCAAGUAGGAAUUAA